AUGAAACCAGUUACAUCUGUGUCUCUCCUGCUCCUCUCAGGGCUUGCCUCGUCGCUCGCUCAAGACAGCACGGAAGCAUCACCGGACACUGCCUCCUUGACGUCAGCAUCCGGUACAGCCAGCACGAGCGGAACCAGCCAUGAAGUCGAGAAGGGGCGUGCCGAAUGCUUCCAGGAUUGCUACAGAAAGUAUGGAAGCUUCCCGAACUGCGCCCUUGGCAAGGACAAGUUCUUUGAGUGCUGGUGCGACGAGGACGAUUGGGUAGAGAGGGAAGAAGAUUGCGUGUGGGAUGUGUGUGGAGUUGAUGCCUAUAACAGUUAUGGCGACAUACAAAUGAGUCUUUGCGCAAAGGUCGAAUCUCCCUCUAGCAAGGUCACUAAGACGGCGACUUCAACCUCAACUGAGGCCCGGACUAGCCAGACAACCGCUCAUUCCGAGUCGACGAGCUCUGCUUCUGCUCAAACUGACGCGACGACUUCCGAAACCAGCACGACUUCCGAUUCAAGCAGUGCUUCCAGUGCUUCCUCUACUGUCACCCAGCAAGAGACAGCCGGGGCAACCCAGGAACCAAAUGGAGGCGUAGCUGGCCUGGCUUCUGGUGCAAAGGCCGGAUUGGUUGUGGUCGUCACGUAUCUUGUUUUCAUGAUUCUUUAA